AUGAAGGGUGGUAAAGGAAGAGAUUUGGAAUGCCAGAAGACUAAGGUUGGGAAGGAAAGUAAUGGGAAUAGUGUAGAGAAGGAAAUUCCUUCUUGUUGUUUGAAAGCCAAUGCUUCAGCUCCUGAGGAUGAGGCAAAGUGCCAUUCCACUGUUGUAUCUGGAUGGUUCUCAGAAUGUCAUGGGAAAGGUCUUUUUUUCAACAAUCCAAUGUGGCCAGGAGAAGCGCAUUCGAUCAAAGUAGAAAAAAUCUUGUACAAAGAAAAAUCUGAGUUCCAAGAGGUCUUGGUUUUUGAGUCAUCAGCAUAUGGGAAAGUGCUUGUACUUGAUGGGAUUGUUCAGUUGACCGAUAAGGAUGAAUGUGCUUAUCAGGAAAUGAUAGCUCAUCUCCCGCUUUGUUCAAUUCUGUCCCCCAAAACAGUUUUAGUUGUUGGUGGUGGAGAUGGUGGUGUUCUAAGGGAAGUAUGCCGCCACAGUUCCGUGAAUCAUGUUGAUAUUUGUGAGAUAGAUGAGAUGGUUAUUGAUGUUUCUAGGAAGUUUUUUCCAGAGUUGGCUGUUGGAUUUGAAGAUCCUCGAGUACAUCUGCAUGUUGGUGAUGCUAUUGACUUUCUUCAAUGUGCUCCUGAAGGGAAGUAUGAUGCCAUAAUUGUUGAUUCCUCAGAUCCUGUGGGUCCUGCUCAGGAACUUGUGGAGAAGCCAUUUUUUAAGACAAUAGCUAAGGCGUUAAGGCCUGGUGGAGUACUGUGUAAUAUGGCAGAAAGUAUGUGGCUUCAUACGCACCUUAUUCAGGAUAUGAUCUCCAUUUGUCAAGAAACAUUCAGUGGUUCAGUACGUUAUGCAUGGGCAAGUGUUCCAACAUAUCCAAGCGGUGUGAUAGGUUUUAUUCUAUGCUCAACAGAGGGGCCACCUGUCGAUUUUGUAAACCCCAUCAACCCUAUUGAAAAAGUGGAAGGUGCUGCUAAGCAUAGAAGAGAACUUAGGUUCUAUAACUCACAGAUGCACAAAGCAGCAUUUGCGUUGCCAGCAUUUCUGAAGUGGGAAGUGAGCUGCACCGCACGUUUGCAUGAUGUAGGCCCUCAUUAGUCAAUUUUGACUUUAUAGUAAGGGUUUUAUAAUUCUCAAGUUACAUGAGAAUUAAAAUCUCAUGUCGUAGAGACAAAAAAAUAUGUGAGAAUCAUAUAUUAGAAAAAAUUACGUGUAGGACUUACGUCAGCACAGAAAUUGAAGGGCGUAUAGAAAAAUUUCAAUUCUCAUGUUGAACAAGAAUUAUAAAACCCCUACAGUAAUUAG